UUUCUUCAAUGUCAACAACUUCUGCAAAACAUUUUCAACUCUACAAACAUCAACGUUCUCUACGCUAAAAACAACAACAACACUUCAUGCUUGACCGUCGCCUUCAUCCAUUGGAGUUCGACACCGGCCCUGGGACAAGGAAGUCGUCAACACUGUGCUCCUUGCUGCUGCUGCUCGUCAUCGCAACAUUCCUUGUGUGUAAAGUGCCUGGACAGAUGAAGGAGGAAUUCGUCGGAGUUGCCAAUCACAAAAAGAUUGAAGACAAAGUUACACUGGUAAACUUCACCAUCGAGGCUAACGAGACAAACUUCAACUCCGACGAGAACAGGAAGCGCUUCCCGAAUGCAUGUGAUGUUAAGAUCGACAGCAAAACCAUUGAGCUUCAGUACAACAACAUCACUGGAUGCACAGUGGACCUGCUAGUCAAGAACACAGACUACAACAACAAGAUCAAGUUCAAGGCUGGAGUGAGGAAAAGAGAAGGGGAACUCAAAGAUUGUCUUGAUGCUGGUGUCAGUGUCCAAAAUAGCUUUAAUAAUAUCAUGCCGUUCGUCUACAGCAAAAACAACAAGGUCGUCGAAAGGCUCGGCUAUGGUCCUAUCUAUGCUCACAAGGAAAGUUGUAAGAACAGAGAGGCAUGUGGAAUGUGCAGGCGGUGGACAACUCUCGAAAUCUCAUGGAGCAAAUUUGGUGGAGAUGUCUAUGCAUACACCCAUCUAGGUAAAAUAAUAUACAUAAUUGUACGUAUUUUUGUCUUUUUAGUUGGCGAAAUUGAGUCAAGCAAUAAGCUUUCUAUAGCUCACGGUGGAAAAGACGAAAUAAUCUUCAAUAUGGAGAUAGAAAGCGGAGGCAAAUUCACGGUGAAUUUUGCGGAAGAAAAGACGGACUAUAAUUCAGUUGACGAUAUUACCAUAUGCGUUCCAAAAAAUAAGCCCUUCGUUGCCCCAGAAGCAUGGACCAUCACAAAAGGGGAUCUGAAGGAUAAACUUCUACUUGUCUUCAGCCUGCUUCCAUUGAGUGCGUCUGUUGUGUCCGAUGGUACAAGCCUCUUUGAUAAAUCAGCCAGAUCGAAAUGUGGUCUCUUCGUCCAAUUUGACAGAAAUGACUACGAGCUGCUGUUUGUCUCUCUUCCGCCACAGACAACGACGACAACCACAACGACUCAAAAAAUUUCUUCAACGGAUCCAGAAACACCUGUAACUUCAAUAUAUGCUACUAGUCCAACAACGACUCCAGUGAUUACAACAACUACGGCCAAAAACAUUUCAACACCAGCGUUAAAGUGUCCAGCGGAAAGCAAGUGCCCGAAGGAAUCCAAUGGAUGGCUGUUUUAUCUGAUUUUGGUUGCCGCUAUUGUGGGUAUAAUCAUCAUUGGAAUCUUGGCAUGGUUCACACGGUCCUGGAUGAAGGUGAAUUCUGCGAAGUUGAAGGAGAUUAAACGCGAACGUAAAGAAGAAGAAGAUGUGCUUGCUCUGUACAAAACUGAAGCAAAGCUCAUAAAGAACAUCAAGCCAUUUGAGGAAUGGAAGGAAGAUAAAAAGCUGGAAGAUCAGAGGGCAGGGCUUUGUUCGGUUCCGACUGAAAAAUUGGUUGGUACACUGUGGAAGAGAAUUGAGAAGGAAAACGCCAAGGACAAAAUGCAAUUCCUUGCAGACCAGUUCGAUAAGCAGAAGGACAAGGAGCUCAACGAUCGCGAAUAUGCUCUGGAAUUGACUGAAAAGGGAUAUGAUGCCGUUGGGAGUUUCAAGGAAUGGAAAACGGAAAAUAAUAUCAAGCCGUUCGAAGUGAUCGAUGGAACGUCAACUGCGAUUGAAUAUGGAGAGUCAAGGAUCAUCGAUAAGCCAUUGCUUCCCGGGGCCAGCAUUGAUGAUAAGAAGCGAUAUUAG